AUGGAAGGUGAUGUGGUGGAUAGCUGGCAGCAUGUGAGAGAAUGGAAGGUGAUGUGGUGGAUAGCUGGCAGCAUGUGAGAGAAUGGAAGGUGAUGUGGUGGAUAGCUGGUAGCAUGUUCACAGUAUGAGGCCUAUGACUCCAGGUCCCGUUUGAACUCUAUAAAGAUGCUUCAUUCCUACUUUACCUCCCAAGGGGCCAGAAUGUGACCUCUGGGUAGAAGUUCCCUUAACCAUACGAUUAAGGUCGGGUCGUAUACCCCCCCCAAAUCCUAACCUUAAAAUACAAAAAACGGCCUUGACAAUUUUUGGGAAAGAAACUUCAUCCACCCGUGGGUGAUAAUUAAACAGGCUCGGGUUUGCUGUUCGGUUUGUAUUUUUGUUUUUGCUGAUCUAUGGUCGCAUAUUUUGUUAACUAAAACCAUGUUAGCCCUGCCCCCAGGUGUCCCCCCCCAAAGGGGGCCUCUCUGCUGUAAGUAAAAACGUGACAGUUGGCAGCUAACCCUCUUUUGGUUGGUUUUGACUCUCUUCUUGUCUUCUUGUCCUUUUUUGGGGUUCUCUUGUUCUUUUCUUUGUUUCUCUCCCCUCCUUUUCCCCCCUCAAAUUUCCUCUCUCCCCUCUUUUUCCCCUUCUGGUGUUCUCUCUGCUCCUUCUCUUCCCCUUUCUCUUUUUUCCCAACCCCCUUUUUUCUUUUUCUCUCUUCUUUUUUCCCCCCCCCCUUUUUUCUUUCUCUUUUUCUCUCCCCUUUUUCUUCUCUCUCUUCUCUCCCCUUUCUCUCUUUCGCUCCUCUGGUGUCUCUCUUCCCCAAUUUUUUUAUUGCGAUUAUAACCCUUCAUUUCCCAGCUGCAUCCUCUGUGUGACGUUUAACCGAAAUGUUAAAAUUUUUGGAAAAAAAAAAACGAAUUAAAAUGAUGCGGUUAAUUAUUUAAAUUGCAUUUUUCCAAUUUUUUCGUGAGCUCAAUGCCAAUUGCACAUUUUUUCUCUAGGAAAUCGACCCACCCUGACUGUGCAUGUAGUAGGAUUUGUAUUUUCCAACAGGCCGAUUUUCUACAAUUUUUGGGGCCCAUAAACGGGUAAUUAACUAAAUGCCCAACCCUUGUGAUCUAUUGUCCGGCUGUGUUCUUUUAUGCCGCUACAAAGAGGCAGAAGAAUCCCUGAUCGUGAGGGGAAAAGAGAGCACUUUUGCUUCUGAGGUAUCUUAAAAACAUGAUCUAAUGAUUUCAUGUUGGUUUUAGAUAUAAAUAUGUCUAUUUAUUUUGAAGAACUAAAAAAGGGUGAUUUUGUCAGACGCAUAGAGAUGAGUAGACUUUGGAAGAAAUAAUAAAAUCAUAAAAAAACUAAAGUAAUAUAACCCAAAAUGAAAAUUUUUUAAGAAAGGAUGUGAAAAAAUUUGGGUUUAAAAAAGUGAUAAGCAGUAAUGGGGCAUCACUACCCUCAUGGGACUUUUUUUAAUUUUUUUUUUGUGUUGUUCAGCAUUCAACCAAUAAUCGAAACCCAAAAAUUGAAAACCGGAUUAUUUUUAACAAUAACCCAAAAAAGAACCGCCUCAAAAAACACUAUUGUCACACUACCCCCAAUGUUCCGUUUUUUUCCGUUCCAUGCUCAGAGCAAAGAGAUCCAGCACAAAAUGGAAAAAACAAGCUUUCAGUUUGGGUUUUGUAUUUUCAUUGUGUGUUUUGGGUUUUAUCCUCACCCCAAAAUUUAGUUUUUUUUGGGGGUUUUUGUUUUUGAUGUGUUAGUUUAAAUUUAACCAUACUAUGCCUCAGAAAAGAGUCCCCCCUUUUAUAUCCCUGAGUGUCAUUGUGAAAAUUGCCCCACAAAUAAAGGGCGGCACAAGGGCAAGGAAAAUGCCGCCAAUGGGGAACAGAACGCAAGGAAGCAGGGGAGAGUGGCUGUCUUCCAUUUGAAGAGAGAAAGAGAGAGGAAGGAGAGAGAGGGGAGGGAAGGAGAGAGAGGGGAGAGGAAAGGGGAGGGAGGAAAGGAGAGAGGAGGAAAGAGAGGAAAGAGAAGAGAGAGAAAGAAAAGAGAGGGAGAAGAGGGGGAAAAGAGAGGAGAGAGAGAGAGAGGAGAGAGGAAAUUUUUUUAAGAGAGGAGGAGGGGGGGGGAGGGGAAAAAGGGGAAACGGGAGGGGGAGAGGAGGAAAAGGGGGAGGGGAAGGGAAAAGGGGAAGAAGGGGAAAAGGGUGGGAAAAAAAAAAAACCAAAAAAAAAAAAAAAGAAAAAGGGAAAAAGAGGAGGGGAAAGGGGAGAGAAGGGAGAAACCCAAAAGAAAGAAAAAAGGGGUUUUUUUUCCUGCAACCAGUUUUUUUCAGCAAACGUGAUUUUCAGAGGGUAAGGUAUUUUUUUAUGCUUGUUACGACACCCAAGGGUGGGGCAAUCGGCCACGCCGUUUCUCCAAUCUUUCUUUUAACAUUAUACCAAAACCUUUUUUAAAUUCAAAUGUUUUCCAAAAAUAAAUGUUUACUUUUAAAUUUAUGUUCCAAAGGGGCAUACGGUUUUUCUUUAAACAGGAAGGAGAUGCUAAACUUUUUGUUAAAAACGGGUUUAUUCCGGAAACCCAGUCUUUGGGCCCCAAAAACAGGCGACAAAAUGUCACCCCCGCCCGGGUACCUGGGUUUUUUUACCUUUUCUUCCUCCCCUCAAAUGUUACCCCAGUUUUAAAAAGGGCCCAAUCAACAAAGGAAAAAAAAAAAUUUCUCCACCUUUGUGUCCUGUGUUUCCCAAAAUUCCUCCUAUUAUUUGGUUGGGCUUUACCCCCCCUUUUAAAAAAAUCCUCCUCUUUUUUUGUUUUAUGUCAAAAAAUCCCCGGGAAACGAUAAGGGGGUUUUGGUUUUCCCUUGGUAAAAACAUAGUUUUUUAAAGGUAAUUUUCUCCCCCUGCAUUUUUUUUGGGCAAUAACUUUUGCAGAAAAAAGGUUUCCUUAAAUUUUUUAGGGGGCUUUUUUUCUUUUGCCCCUUUUAUUACACCAAAAAGGGGGUUUCAAAACACCAAACCCCGGAUUGCCUCCCCUUUAACUAAGGCAAACACCCAAACCUACGUUACCCGGUGUCCCCCGAAGAAACAGGGUGUUUCCCUUUCCCCCUAAUUUACUACCCCCCCCCCCCCCAGUUUUUACCCAAAAUUUCCUAAAAAAAUUUCCCCCGGUCAAGAGGAAAACAACUUUUUAUAAUCAAAAAUUUUCCCCCAUUGGGGAAAAUUUAUUUGGGGCCGGGGGAAUUUUUCAUCUCUCUUUUCCCCCAAAAAAAGACACUCAAGAAAACAUAAAAAACCCCCCCAAAAUUCCCCACCCUUUGUGCCCCCCCCCCAUGCCAGGGGGAUCCCCCCGACAAUUUAUAACCCCAAAAAAAAAAAAAGGGGGGCCCACCCCUUGGGGGUAAAACGUUUUGUCACGAAAGGGAACCCCCCCCCCCCCCCCCCCCCCCCAUUUUUUCCCCCCCCCCCCGGCAACCCGGGGGGCGGGGCCCUUUUAAAAACCCUUCCGGGGGGCCAGUCCAAAAAGACACUUUACUCGUUUGAUUAUCGUCCCCCCCCCCCCCCCCCCGACCCACUCCUCCUCUCUUCCAUCCCUCCCUCCCUCCCUCCCUCCCCCAGAUACGACCAGACUUCCUAAGAAGGACGAGGAAAACGGGAAGAACUACUACUUUGUGUCACAUGACCAGAUGAUGCAGGACAUCAGUAACAAUGACUACCUGGAGUACGGUAGUCACGAGGACGCCAUGUACGGCACGCGGCUAGAGACCCUCCGCCAGAUCCACGAGCAGGGACUCAUCUCCAUACUGGACGUAGAGCCACAGGUGUGUGUGUGUGUGUGUGUGUGUGUAUGUAUGUGUGUGUGUAUGUUUAUGGGAGGUGUGUGUUUGUGUGUGUGUGUGUGUGUAUGUGUAUGUGUGUGUGUGUGUGUGUGUGUAUGUGUGUGUGUUUAUGGGAGGUGUGUGUGUGUGUGUGUGUGUGUGUGUGUGUGUAUGUGUGUGUGUUUAUGGGAGGUGUGUGUGUGUGUGUGUGUGUGUGUGUGUGUGUGUGUGUGUGUGUGUGUGUAUGUGUGUGUGUUUAUGGGAGGUGUGUGUUUGUGUGAACCAUAGAGACAGUUAGAGGACACAACAUUGUAUGUUUCAUUAUGGUGUCUGUGAGAGAAUGGGUAGCACCAUUGAGGCCAUCUCUAUCUUGAAGUAGGACAUUUUCUUCUUCUACUACUUCUAUGAGUUGGCAAACAAACUGAAAGGGUGCAUACUGCCACCUGGAGUGUACUGUUUGAACAGGUAUAAAGCCAAGGUUGGCGAUUUACUGCCACCUGCAGUUAUGGAAUGUUUGCUCAUGAGUAUAAUUCAUUGGAUGAUCCCACCUGAUGACCUGGAUGGAAUCAUGUGAUCCUUCCUUAACCCAUAGGAAGUCCCACCCAGUUGACUACUUAAAAAUGGUGAAAGUCCUCAAUGGCGCUGCCCAUGCUAAAACAGGCUUCUAGGCACUAGAGUCCUCCAUAUAUCUCUACGGUGUGAGCAAAACAUGAUAAAGAAUCUAGAUGUUUUGUCAUGUGUGCUUGUGAAAGCUGAGGGUCUUCUCAGGCAGGUCUUCUCCCAUACAAACAGCCCAGCUGACCUGUAACCUAUUCUCCAUUAGGCCCUGAAGGUCCUGCGGACAGCAGAGUUCGCUCCCUACGUUGUUUUCAUCGCCGCGCCAACCAUUACCCCUGGCAUCGACGAGGUAACAUACUCACUCACACGCAGGCACACGCACACGCACACACACACACACAGUCAACUUGGGACACUGCAGCUAUAGAGCCCCACAUUGGAGGUGUCAUAAUACCCAUAAAACCUAGCGCUCAAACAGGGAAAUGGUUCCAAUAAUUUUUCCCCAUUCAUUUUUCACAUAGGGAAUUUAAAAAACACUUAAAAUAAGGGCUGUGUUUCGUGUAGGUUUACCCUGGCGUGAAGUUUUGAUAACCAUGUAAAUCUCUCUCGGACAAGGUGACUUUAAUCAAUAUUUAUCCAUUUAUCUCAGAUUCGAAAAUGCUAAUUAGCAUGCAAAACUACAAAUCCCUGCAAGCUCCUGCACGUCAUCUCUAGCUGACACAUUUGCUGACACAUGUAUUGUGUCAAUUUAAAACUUGCAUAAGACAGUUCACAGCAUUGUCAAUUUAAAGAAAUGUAUCCAAUUUGUUAAUUACUACAUUUAGCUAACAUUAGAUAGUUAAUCCAGAGAUCCUUACCUUUGCCUCGAUUCGGCAGUUUUGUCCAGAUCAUCAUGGCAUUUGUAGUUCUUUAUGAUAGCCACAUUAGCAGCUAAUUAGCAUUUCAUUUUUGGGGGGUAAAUACAGGCAAAUAUAUUGAUAAAAGUCACCUUGUCCUAGAGAGAUUUACACGGUUAUCAAAACGUCACGCCAGGGUAAGCCUACACGAAACACAGUCCUUAUUUUAAGUGUUUCUAAAAUCCCCUAUGGGAAAAAUGAAUGGUGGAAAAACUAUUGGAACCAUUUCCUUGUUUGACCGCUAUGUUUUAUGGGUAUCAUGACUCAUACUGUGGUACUCUAUUGGCACUCUUCUUUUUUCUGCACUCCGCCAUUUUCUUUUUCUUCUCUCAUCACUUUCUUCACUGGUUUAUUUUGCAUGCUGUGUUUGUGAGCUUCUAUUUUUCCGUUUCUCUUGCGUUCGGUUGCCUGGCUCUCAGCUCCCCAGGUGGUGCAGGAGGCUGCCAGUAAGUAUGAGUAGAGAAAACGCUGGCCAUAGUCAGUAGUGGUCUAUUGUGUGGUAUAUUACCUCAGUAAACCAGCUCAAUCCUCUCCUCCAGUCUCCUCUCACUGAGGACACCAGGGCCAGGCCUACCAAAGCACUGUCCUGAAUCCCUACUCAUCCACUCUAUACCCUCACUCUUUCUCUGUCCGUUUAAUUUAAUACUGCUUUAUUGGCAUGACAUCUCUGUCUGUGUCUCAUUAUGUCUUUCUUUCUUUCUUUCUCUCCUCCCCUUCUUUCUCUCGCUCCCCCCCCCCUCUUUCUCUCUCUCUGUAGGAUGAAUCAUUGCAGCGUCUUCAGAAGGAGUCAGAAAUUCUCCAGAAGACCUAUGCCCAUUACUUUGACCAGACCAUAAUCAACAACGAGAUAGAUGAGACCAUCAGACACCUAGAGGAGGCUAUAGACCUGGUCUGUACCACCGCACAAUGGAUCCCUGUGUCCUGGGUCUACUGA